AUGGCGCAGGUCCCAAUCUUUCCCCAGACGCGGCGCGAUCCAAUUCGAUCGUCAACCUCCAUCCAACCUUGCUUUGGGCUCCCCUUUUUUCGCUUGUGUUUGGCUUUUGAGUCCUUCCGCCCACAUCAACAACAAGGGACGGGGGCAACCGGCUAUGAGUCGAGUCACAAGUCACAAGCUCAACCCGAAGGAGAAUCAGGUCUUGUUGGCCGGCUUGGCUUCUAUGUACGCAGUAAAACUUUCCAGGUCCUCGUUGAGCCCACACCCUGUCUACCCACCCCAGAAUCCGCCCUUGCAAGUUGCGUGCAGACACAAGCGUGUUCCCGGCCCAUCGACACACGGAGAACAUCGAUGGGCCACACAACUUUGCAGCUGAAGAGGUGA